AUGGAAUCUCUACACCCUCGGGACUCAAGCGAGCCGCCGGUUGAUCCUGCGCAACCUUUCAAGGCCGUCGUCGUGUGUUGCACCAGCAUCCCGCCAGACCAGCGAACCCAGAUUGCCAAAAGGACAGAGGAGCUCGGCGGCAUCCACAAGUACGAUCUGACCCCCGACGUAACCCAUCUCGUUGUAGGCGACUACGACACGCCCAAGUACCGCCAUGUCGCCAAGGAACGAAACGACGUCAAGACGAUGGACGCCAGGUGGAUUGACGUCGUGGGAGAUUUGUGGAUGGAGGACGCAGAGAUCGACUUUGCCGCCCUGGAGCGAGAGUGGCAGUUGAAGCCACUCGAGACGUGCGGCCAUGUCGUCGAUGCUACGAACCCUGCCGAAGCUAAGCGCGGAGCCUUGCUACUUUGUAUGACAGGCUUCGACGAUCCCGACCAGCGCGCAAGCAUCAUCGAAAAGAUCACGGCCAACGGCGGCGCCUACACCGGCGAUCUGACGAAACGAGUCUCCCAUUUGAUCGUCGCCAAACCCGAAGGAAAGAAAUACAAGGCCGCCAGGUCAUGGAACAUCCGCACCGUAUCGCUGGCAUGGCUGGAACAGAGCAUCGAACGCGGCAUGAUCUUGGAUGAGCAGUGUUUCGACCCCUCCAUGCCCCCCGAGGAGCAAGGCCAGGGCGCGUGGAACAAGGCCAACCCGCGGAGGGUGUUAUCGGCCAAGAGGGCGAGGUCGGGCGUCGUGGAGGGGGGUCAGAGGAAGCUGAGGAAGACGGCGAGCAUGAAGCUCAGCAGCCAAAGAGACACGCUCUGGGGCGAUAUCCUCGGCAGCAAGACCAUCAGCGAGCCCUCCGCGCUCGGUGACAGAGCCGACAAGAUCGAGGUCCAAGACUCGGGCGUCCACGACCGCAUGGUCCAGCCCGCCCCCGACGCAGGCAUCUUCUCGGCGUGUUACUUUUUCAUGGCCGGUUUCGAGGCGUGGAAAUCAAAGAUUCUGGCCGAGACAAUCGUCUCCCUGGACGGACAAGUAUGUGAUACUUUCGAGGGCAUGGUCUCCAAAGGCUACGAGGUCACCCCGAGUCGUAGAUUUCUCAUCGUACCACAAGAGUCGCAGCCGUCGACACACUUCCAGCUUCCUCCCGCGCACGCCGACAAGAUCCAGAUAGUGACCGAGUUCUUUGUCGAGCGGUGCUUGCAUAACAAAGCCUUGUGCGAUCCUGAUACCCACGCCCUGGGCCGCCCCUUUCCCCUGUUUCCCAUCCCCGGCUUCGACAACCUGUCCAUUUGCACGGCGGGCUUCUCCGGCAUCGACCUUCUCCACGUGGAAAAGGCUGUCAGGCAGAUUGGUGCCAGGUUCGCAGCGAGACUCAACGAAACUACUUCGGUACUAGUGUGCCGGACCCUCACAGAUACGAGAAAGGAGAAGCUCAAGUUCGCCCUUGACAACGACAUCCCCAUCGUCAGCCCGGACUGGCUAUGGGAGUGCAUAUCGACGGGCUACAAAGUGCCGGUGAAGGAACACAUGUUUCCAUCGCUGAAACAGGCUCCUGAGCUCCAGCCCAAGCCAAAAGCCAGGGAUACCAGGGAAGAAAUGAAGCAGGCCUUUCAGAGGACACGAUCGGAGCCUAUCUCUCAUGCCUCAAGGAGGCCAGCCGCCAGACACUCGACUGUUGCCGGAGGCAUCGACACCAGCGCCUUCCAAGACGAUGACUACCAGAAGCCUUCGGACACACAGAAGCCGGCGCCGGCUAUAGCAGAGGGCUUGGUCAUGGCCUUUGCAGAGCCGGGGAGAGAGUCCGCAAAGGUGGACUUGGCUGCCUCGUUACAAUUCCAGACUGCCAAAACACACCAAAUGGACAGCUUCGGCGCAGGAACCGUGGCGCCGCCGCUAUCAAACAUGACUUCAAACACGCUGAAUAAGGCGCCACACACUGAGCCAACGACCAAAGCCCCCAGGACGCUGGUCAGAACCACGAGCGUAGCCGACAGCAUGGGGCCGACGCCUACUCCCGUCGGGGAGGAGCCAGCCCCUGUCGAAGACCAGGUCAACCCAGUGCCGGCGGCCGAGGAAAACCAAGUCGAGACGAGGCCGAAAGAGGCGGAGGAGGCGGAGGAGUUGAAGAGGCAGAGAGACGCUCAAAAGGCGGCCGAGAAGGAGGCCUUGACUUCCAAGCUAGCAUCCCUCAUCGACUUCAAACGCAGCUCUGAAAGCGUGCUCGAGGAAGAGAACUCGGGCCAGCAGUCAAGACGUCCUCGCAAACGGCUAUUCGGAAGGGCCAUCAGCAACGCGUCGGCAGCAUCUAGUGGAAGCACCGAGUCGCGCAUGGACUCGAUGGGCCGCACGGCAGACGACUAUCCGCCGCUGCAGGACGCCGAACAUCAGCAGCCGCCGUCGACGCAGAUCCAGUACCAGGACCCUGGUGCCCAGCAGCACCGGGACAAGAUCAUCAGCAAGAUGCGCGGCGGGGACGGCAAACCCCCCGCUGUCAGUAGCCAGACGACCAAGAAGAAGAUCACGACGAUAGGGGGCUUCGACUUUAGUGACGAAGCGAGGCCUGCCACCGGCAGGCAGCUCCGGCGCAAGUAG